GAAUCCUGGGAGUUGGUGAUGUCAGACGAGUUGGGUCAUUUGAAGGUUAGCAGCCUGGGAAGGGUUCAUCGAAAGUUCACUCGCAUAUAUUAGGCAAUUCAAUCUUUCAUUCUGUGUGACACAAGAAGUAGGAAGUGAGCUGUUCAGAGGCAGAAGGAUCUAUUCGCCGAAAAAGGGGGGACCCGAGUUUUCCCCAUCCAAACCGCUUCUGGAUUGAGACGUCGCCGAUUCGCUCUGCAUGGACAAGGUUUUAGAUCUGGCUUCAGUUUAGCUGCUCAACGGCUUCGGAAGGAUUUUUGCGGGAAUUGGUUUGGAAGUAGAAGUUGGAAUUCUUUUUGUUCCCCCCUCUCCUACUGGAUUGGCCGAGCAGCCUGGAAAAUGGUAAAUGAUCAUUUGGAUCAAUUACAGGCUUUUAGCUGUGUUGUCUGUCAUAAUUCAUGAUUCUGGUCUGGGAAAAAGACCAAACAGCCUACGUGCCAAAAAAGGGGCAGAGUUUGAUGGAGUUGGGUGUACUUUUAUAUGCCAUUUUCCUCCACACCUAGACGAUAAGCACUUUUGCAGACAUUCUGUAGAGGGGAGAUCAUGUUUGACUGUAUGGAUGUUCUAGCAGUGAGCCCUGGGCAAAUCCUGGAUUUCUACACUGCAAGUCCGUCUUCCUGCAUGCUCCAGGAGAAAGCUCUGAAAGCAUGCUUCAGUGGAUUGACACAAACAGAGUGGCAACACCGGCACAGUGCUCAAUCCAUCGAAACCCAGAGUACCAGUUCUGAGGAACUGGUUCCAAGCCCCCCUUCUCCACUUCCUCCACCUCGUGUUUACAAGCCGUGUUUCGUCUGCCAGGACAAGUCAUCCGGGUAUCACUAUGGAGUCAGUGCUUGUGAAGGAUGCAAGGGGUUUUUCCGCAGAAGUAUUCAGAAGAACAUUGAUUUAUACUUGUCACAGAGAUAAGAACUGUGUUAUUAAUAAAGUCACAAGGAAUCGUUGCCAGUACUGCAGACUACAGAAGUGCGUUUGAAGUGGGAAUGU